AUGGCAUCUGUAUUCCAAAAUCAAGAUUUGAGGAAAAUUCAAGGACAACUGGUAGACAUGCUAGGUUUGAAAUUUGAAGAGGAGAGUAAAUGGGGAAGAGCAACUCGAUUAAAUGAGAUGAUCAAGAAAGAGAAGAAGAUCCUAAUAAUUUUGGAUGAUAUUUGGGCACAACUUGAUUUGGAGGAAGUGGGAAUUCCUUUUGGAGAUGACCAUAAGGGGUGUAAAAUUGUGUUGACUUCUAGAAAUAAACAUGUAUUGUCCAAUGGGAUGGGUACCCAGAAGGAUAUACCUGUUUUACAUUUACCGGAAAAAGAAGCAUUAGUUUUAUUUAAGAAGACAGUGGGUGAUUCCAUUGACAAGCAGGACUUGCAAGCUAUAGUAAUCAAUGUGGCAAAGGAAUGUGCAGCUCUACGAUUGUUUCAAGGAACUGAUACAUUGGAAGACACAAGAAACAGAGUUGAGACAUUGGUUGAGAACCUCAAAGCCUCAAAUUUGUUACUAGAAAUCGGUGACAAUGCGUUUGUGAGAAUGCAUGAUGUUGUUCAUGAUGUUGCCUUAGCAAUUGCAUCCAAGGAUCAUGUGUUUUCAUUGAGAGAAGGUGUUGGAUUGGAAGAAUGGCCAAAGCUGGAUGAACUCCAAAGUUGCAGCAAGAUCUCUUUGCCCUACAAUGAUAUCCACAAACUUCCUGAAGGAUUGGUAUGUCCAGAACUUGAACCUUUUGUGUUAUAUCACAUCAGUGAUCCCAUUUCUGAAAAUCCCAAAUACAAUUUUUUAAGGGAUGAAAAAGCUUAA